AUGCGCGGUCGUCUCCGUCUCAGAGACGCAGAGGCGAGGAUUCCACCUCCACGGGCGAGCUGCAGCCGAUGCCGACCUCGCCGGGCGCGGAGCUGCAGAGCCCUGCAGCGCAGGACGCCUUGUUUUCCAGCCCUCCGCAGAUGCAUUCUUCCGCUAUUCCUCUUGACUUUGACCUCUCGCGUAGAGGGAACUCCAAGGAGUGGUGUUAGGGACACACCUGUGAGGCAGAGACCUGACUUGGGCUCUGCACGGAAGGGUCUGCAGGUGGAUCUGCAGUCUGAUGGGGCAGCAGCAGAAGAUGCAGUGGCAAGUGAGCAAUCUCUAGGCCAAAAGCUUGUGAUCUGGGGAACAGAUGUAAAUGUGGCAACAUGCAAGGAAAAUUUUCAGAGAUUUCUUCAACGUUUUAUCGAUCCUCUUGCUAAAGAAGAAGAAAAUGUUGGCAUAGAUAUUACUGAACCUCUGUAUAUGCAACGACUUGGGGAGAUUAAUGUUAUUGGGGAGCCAUUUUUAAAUGUAAACUGUGAGCACAUCAAAUCAUUUGACAAAAAUUUGUACAGACAGCUCAUCUCCUACCCUCAGGAAGUCAUCCCAACUUUUGACAUGGCUGUCAAUGAGAUCUUCUUUGACCGUUACCCUGACUCAAUCUUAGAACAUCAGAUUCAAGUAAGACCAUUCAAUGCAUUGAAGACUAAGAACAUGAGAAACCUGAAUCCAGAAGAUAUCGACCAGCUCAUCACCAUCAGUGGCAUGGUGAUCAGGACGUCCCAGCUGAUUCCUGAGAUGCAGGAGGCCUUCUUCCAGUGCCAAGUGUGUGCCCACACAACCCGGGUGGAAAUAGACCGGGGCCGCAUCGCCGAGCCCAGCGUGUGUGGGCACUGCCACACCACUCACAGCAUGGCCCUCAUCCACAACCGUUCCCUGUUCUCUGACAAGCAGAUGAUCAAACUUCAGGAGUCUCCAGAAGACAUGCCAGCGGGGCAGACACCUCACACUGUUUUCCUUUUUGCUCACAAUGAUCUUGUUGACAAGGUUCAGCCUGGGGACAGAGUGAAUGUCACAGGCAUCUACCGAGCAGUGCCCAUUCGAGUCAACCCAAGAGUGAGUAGCGUGAAGUCUGUCUACAAAACCCACAUUGAUGUCAUUCAUUAUCGGAAAACGGAUGCCAAACGUUUGCACGGCCUCGAUGAAGAAGCAGAACUGAAACUUUUUUCAGAGAAACGUGUGGAAUUGCUUAAAGAACUUUCCAGGAAACCAGACAUUUAUGAGAGACUUGCUUCAGCUUUGGCUCCAAGCAUUUAUGAACAUGAAGAUAUAAAGAAGGGAAUCUUGCUUCAACUCUUUGGUGGAACAAGGAAGGAUUUUAGUCACACAGGAAGGGGCAAAUUUCGUGCGGAGAUCAACAUCCUGCUGUGCGGUGACCCUGGCACCAGCAAAUCUCAGCUGCUGCAAUAUGUGUACAACCUGGUACCCCGGGGCCAGUACACAUCCGGGAAGGGCUCCAGUGCAGUUGGCCUUACUGCAUACGUGAUGAAAGACCCUGAGACCAGGCAGCUGGUCCUACAGACAGGUGCCCUUGUCCUGAGCGACAACGGUGUCUGCUGUAUUGAUGAGUUUGACAAGAUGAAUGAAAGUACAAGAUCAGUGUUGCAUGAAGUCAUGGAGCAGCAGACUCUUUCCAUUGCAAAGGCUGGGAUCAUCUGUCAGCUCAAUGCACGCACCUCUGUCCUGGCAGCAGCAAAUCCCAUUGAGUCUCAGUGGAAUCCUAAGAAAACAACUAUUGAAAACAUCCAGCUCCCUCACACUUUAUUAUCAAGGUUUGAUCUGAUCUUCCUCAUGCUGGACCCUCAGGAUGAAGCCUACGACAGGCGCCUGGCUCACCACCUGGUAGCACUGUACUACCAGAGUGAGGAGCAGGCCGAGGAAGAACUCCUGGAUAUGGCGGUGCUGAAGGACUACAUCGCCUAUGCGCACAGCACCAUCAUGCCUAGGCUGAGCGAGGAAGCCAGUCAGGCUCUCAUUGAGGCUUAUGUAGACAUGAGGAAGAUUGGCAGUAGCCGAGGAAUGGUUUCUGCAUACCCUCGACAACUGGAAUCCUUGAUCCGCUUAGCAGAAGCCCAUGCUAAAGUACGAUUUUCAAACAAAGUUGAAGCAAUUGAUGUGGAAGAGGCCAAACGCCUCCAUCGGGAAGCACUGAAACAGUCUGCAACUGAUCCCCGGACUGGCAUCGUGGACAUAUCUAUUCUUACUACAGGAAUGAGUGCUACCUCUCGUAAACGGAAAGAAGAAUUAGCUGAAGCAUUGAAAAAACUUAUUUUAUCUAAGGGCAAAACACCUGCUCUAAAAUACCAGCAACUUUUUGAAGAUAUCCGAGGACAAUCUGAUAUAGCAAUCACCAAAGACAUGUUUGAAGAAGCACUGCGUGCCUUGGCUGAUGCUGACUUCUUGACGGUGACGGGGAAGACUGUCCGCUUGCUCUGAAGCAGCUGUGAGUGGCGCUACCUGUGCGGCCUGCUGGGAAGCUUGCUCACUCGCCUGCUGUCUUUGGGCAGUCAGCAGCCAACACUGAAAUCUGUGUAAAUAGAUUCUUUUUUUUUUUUUU